AUGGAUGAGAUGCUUGAGAUUAUUAAAGAAGGUAGUGUUGCAGUACGCGGCCACUUCAUGUGGCGCAAUCGAUACGUGACGAUCAAGUCAGGAGAAAUGGCGAUUCAUCGUCGACGAGAAGGACCAAUUAAGGCCAAGAUUGACUUGUGUGAUACCAACAUGAAGCUCACAUUUCUCGGCGGUCAGUCUCUGCUUACAAUUUCCAUGCACGGUCAGAAUAUCGUGUGUGACCUUCGCUCGACCGUCACGCGGGACGAGUGGAUUAGUGCCAUUGUGAGUGCCCAGGAACGCCCAAGCUCACAAGUAGAGUGCGACGAAAAUGGCACGAAGCUUAUCUCCGACGAUGAAACGGACAAUCACGACAGCUCGAUGACAAGCAUGGAAACUGAUGAGAGCGAUACGAUGGACAAAGAAAGCGAAGGAUAUAACGAUUCCCUGUUGGCGUUACGCAGUGCGCGCGACUCUGCAAUACAGUGUAAUCUAUCGAUAGAGGAAUCUGAAAUCGAUAGCGUUAACUACCCUCACGACAAUCCUGCCACUCCUGCAUUCACGAAGGCUGCUGUAUCACUUCGACGGGUACAGAGUGCACAGCGUAUUGAAGAGGAAUUACGACAGAAGCGGCUUCGAGCUCUUUUGGGGAUGAUUGAGAGCUCACCGCAUGGUGGGCGUGUUGCGCUAUUACAUCUUGGAGUGGUGGCAUCUGCGGGUAUUACGGUCGGCGAUAUGCUGCUGGCGCUUGGAGAGAAAUAUAGGAAUGAUUCACGUCGAGGGUCGGUAAGCCCACGCACUCAGAGCAUGCAGAAGCACAACGUCGUGGCGUUUGUUUGUGAUAUACUGCUCCACCCCAUUUACUCUAAACGCAAAGAGGUGAACACCGAAAUAGUACAGGGGCUUAUCGACUUGUUUUUCCCUGAUUGCCGCUCAAGGCGGUUUAGCGACGACACGGACUUGCAGCAUGUUGAACCGAUUGAGUCAGCUUUUGUAGACAACGAAGACAGAGUCACGGCAAAGAGUGCAAACGAUGCUGAUGUUGGCACGUUGAAAAGUGAUGCACCUUCAACCUUCACCUCAAUACUACCAACUCCAGCAGUACGGUCUCCGCAAAGAAAAAAGCGACGCAUCCACUCGUUUCCAAACUUAGGUGGAAUUACCCAGCAUGCUAGAAACAAAGGACUGCUACUACUCUCAGCCGACGACAAUGAAAGAAUCAUCAAGUCAAGUAAGCGUGAGGAGGGUGGUCAUCGACUGCGUGAUAACAUGCCGAUGUUGCCGUUUUCGGACAGCAAAUGUCUUGACGGAGAAGAAGAUGGUGGCAUUGCAGUCUCUGACUCUAGCUCAUCCGAGGAACUUGACGUAGUUUGUGAAGCUGUCCUGCUUCCAGUCCCAUUACGAAGUAUACUCUCUGAGAUGUCAUGUCUGGAGUUGGCUGAACAGCUCACACUUUUUCAUCACUCACAGCUGACACAUGUGCAUCCGUGGGAAUUUUUGCAUCAUCCUAAAGAAGCUGCCAAAAACCUGACAGAUCACUUCAAUCACUUAGUGGCGUUUUUCGUCUGGUCUGUGCUGGUAGAAGAGUCUCCGAAGGAGCGUGCCGAGGUCAUCGAAGAUAUCAUCACAAUUGCCAUAGCUGCUAGUGCUCCACCUUUCAACAAUUUUCACUUAGUCAUGGCUUGCGUGGGGUGUCUUGGUGACACUCCAUUAAUAUCUUCGCGAAUGCCAACAACGUGGAAAAAGGUCCGUGCCAAGUACAAGACACGACUCGGUGAGUUGCGACAAUUAUGUGAUCACACCGGUGGCUUCGAGAAACUACGACGCAAGCAAAGUGUUGAAAGUGCUCAGCUCACACUAUCCAACGACAAGCCGACGACGUCAGUUAUUCCUUUUAUCGGCGUUAUUGGGGUCAUGUUGGAACGGUUGCGCUCAACGAGCUACUUUACUGCAAACAAAAUGUUUGAUCUCAAAAAACUGGAGCGGCAAUACAAGGUCCUUAGUGUGCUGGAAAAUGCACUCCUUAAGCAUGCUCCAAGACCAGGUUCCCAACGCGGAAAGACAUCACCAACGGAGGCCGCAGCUGAAAUGACCACCCGUUUGCAACAUUUCUUCCAAACUCUCAGUAUGGACUUUGCCACGUCUCGAUUGCAUCAACUGCGCUCACAACAAAUUCUGGUAAAUGAAACGAGUACAACGAUCGCGCAAGGGGCACUUGUGAACUCGAGUAACAAAGGAGAAAAUCCUUUUGCAACGAAUCUCCCAGUCAGCAGGUUUCACUCAAAUGGACUAAUUGGUCCCAAUGAAGACUCUGGAUUGGCAUUCGUGUCGUUUCGAGAUAUCUGCGUUCUGUUGGUAUCAGUGCCUGAUAAACAAGAACGGAUGCAAAUGGCGCUCGAGGCUCUGUUCUUGGAUGGGUGUCAGCCUGCUACGCAGUACUUGCGCAAGUUUUGGCUUGCCUUCAAGCAAAACGUGUGGAUAUCGGGCAUUGGCCCCACCCUCCAAAGUCUGCGGCUUUGUGUGUCUGCUUUGUAUCAAGAAGUCAUGACGCAAAAGAUCACCGAGGUCAUGCAGGUCAGCGGAUUGAAUGAAAAUUCGGGUGAUCUGUACGACAUGGUGUACGCGAAGAUCGUGAUUUUGACCGUACAGCCCGUGUAUCUACACAUCGUGUCAAAGGUCAAGCGCAAUUACAUUAAGGACGAUGUGAAUGCAGCAGCACGACUGCUGCAGAGUACACCUCAGAUUGUAAUUGAUACCAGCAAGCCGACGAUGCCGUGGAGCAGCUGUAGCUGUAGCUCCCCCGUGGAGUUGUUGGAUCUUGUUUGUCAAUUAGUCGCGCUGCCUUGUGCUAGCACCACUACUGCCACUGCCGCCGCAAGUGAUCACCAACUGGCAGUGGUCGACUUGCUUGGAGCGCUACAGCACCAAGCCCGUCACACAUUUCUCGCCACCAACCCUGUGAGCAGCAUGUACCUAAUGAAACAAAUCCUGGAUCCGAUGUAUCUACCACUUGCAAGACGGCAAGCGCUCGAAGUGUUUGUCGUUGCAGUGACAUGGCUGCGAAAGAAGCAGUAG